CACAGUAGUGUCAUCAGCAAACUUUGAACAGCUCACCAGUUGUACUUUCUCACAGCUUCAUUCUUUUCUCUCGUCUGCUGGAACUUUAGUUCAUCUCUUGCCAGACGGGACACUUUCUCCAUUCAAGCCACCAUCCAAGAUGCGUCACAAAUUCACCACCAGGGUUUUCAUUUUCCUCGUGUGCAUCACAGUAAUUCCAUUUUUUUCCAACUCGUUGUGGAAUUUCGCCGUGUAUAUCCUCAGCCCUCGGGAGCUGAGCCUUUGUGCCUGUCACAAAUGUUUGAAAGAGGGGGAUCCAUGCUUAACAGACCUUAUCAAGGAGUCUCCUACACCUUUUUUGUCAAAACAACAUAGAACCUCAGAGGACGAUUUCAACUGGUGGAAGCGAUUACAGGGGGAAAAACGCAACUUCACUUUCUUCAGUGCAACAGUGGACAAGCUUUUUCAGAUAUUCCCACCUGUUCCAGAUGUUUUAGAAGCCAGCCCUGACCGCUGCAGGACUUGUGCUGUGGUGGGGAAUUCUGCUAAUUUGAAGGGAUCACAUUAUGGACCUCUGAUAGAUUUUCAUGAUAUUGUAAUAAGAAUCAACCGUGGUCGUACCACUGGCUAUGAAGCAGAUGUUGGGACCAAAACAACCCAUCAUGUCUUCUAUCCGGAGAGUGCUCCUUGGCUAGCAAACACCACUUAUCUUAUGUUUUUCCCAUUCAAGAUAAGUGACUUUCUGUGGCUCCUCAAGAAACUUGAUCCAGAGGAAGACAGCGCUGUGAACUCAAGGAAGAUAGCUAACAAGGAUCUGGUGAUGAUCCUCAAUCCAGCUUUCAUGAGGUAAAUGUUUUUGGGUUUGGAGCAGACAGUGAUGGAAACUGGAACCAUUACUUUGAACAACGUAAAUACAAAAACCUAAAAACUGGAGCCCAUCCUGGAACAUAUGAAUAUCAAACUAUUGAGAAGUUACAUAAUAAAC